AUGGGUCUAAGCCCACCACCAGGUUUCUGCAAUGGUGUAAGGGGAGCACUAGCAAUGUAUUCACCUAGAAUGAUAUCUCAUAAUGAUAAACUGCUUCUCAGUGGUAUUAUAUCCUCUCUAUCACAGAGUGUACACACUCAGAUGCUUGGAGUAACGAUCUCUCGAAAGGCAUGGCAAAGACUAGAAAGAAUAUUUGCUUCCAACUCUCAAGCUCAUAUGAUGCAGCUCCAGCUGCAGUUGGUGAACACCAAGAAGGGUGCAUUGAGUAUCCUUGAUUAUCUUACAAAAAUGAUUUUUAUGCUGACAGUUGUUAUUUCUCGGCCAAUUUCUGAUUCACAGCUUGUUUUGUAUGUUCUCAAUGGACUUGGCCCUGAAUACGGUCCAUUUGUUACGGCUAUGACCAAUAGGAAACCAUUUUCCGCUUCUCAUGCUCAGAAUUGCAACCAACAACCAAUGCCUAAUCGUGGAGGAAGCAACAAUACUCAUGGUCGUGGUCGUGGACGCGGCCGUGGUGGGAACAAUAACCAUCCUGGGUAUCGCUAUCAACCUUCACCCGCUUCCAUAUGUCAGAUCUGCAACAGAUAUGGGCAUACUGCACUUAAUUACUAUAACCAUUUUAAUGAAGGAGGAAACCGUUCUGACUCAGCUGCUGCAAAAUGUUGA